AUGGCCUCGGUCAUCCACGUGGACCAGACGUACUGUGUGCCCAGCAGGCUCAUAGGGGAUAACAUCGCCCUGAUCAGAGAUGUUUUGGAGGUCUCCGGCUCAUUGGGAAUCAACCUGGGACUGAUUUCCAUAGACCAGGAAAAGGCGUUUGACCGGGUUGAACACCAGUACCUCUGGCAGACCAUGGCUGCCUUUGGGUUCAGCCCUGGGUUCAUCGCCCACAUCCGGACUCUGUAUUGUGACGUCAUGAGUGUACUGAAGGUGAAUGGGGGGCUCAGUGCUCCGUUCAGUGUGGGGAGGGGCAUCAGGCAGGGCUGCUCUCUGUCUGGGAUGCUCUACUCCCUCUCCAUCGAGCCCCUUCUGCAUCGGCUCAGAGCUGACCUGCAGGGGGCGCUGCUGCCUGGAGCACGACCAUUUAAGGUCUCUGCGUACGCAGAUGAUCUUAUUGUGUUCGUUAACAGCCAGAGGGAUGUGGAGGUCCUGGCUGACACAGUGCAGGUCUUUGGUCAGGUCUCCAGCUCCAGGGUGAACUGGAGCAAGAGCUCUGCCACUCUGCUCGGGGAGGGCCUGAGGGGUCUCAGCCUGCCUGGGGGACUGGUCCCGGCCUGGGGGGCCCUGUACAAGCCCCCUCUGACCAAGAGACAGGGAGACCUGCAGUGGAGGCUGCUGCAUGGGGCAAUAGCAGUCAAUGCCUUUGUGUGUAGGGUGAACAGGGCUGUGGGGGAGGGCUGUCCCUUCUGUGGGGAGAGGGAGACAGUGUUCCACUGCUUCUGGGAGUGUGGGAGGCUCAGGCACAUGCUGGAGCUGCUGAGGGGCCUCUUCACUUCACUGGGGGCAGAGUUUAGUGCUCAGGUGUUUGUGGGGGGGGUCAGGUACUCCAGCCGCAGCAGGAGGAGGGGGCGGCUGCUCAGUUUCCUCGUCGGUCAGGCCAAGAUGGCCGUCUAUGUGAGCAGGAGGAGGAUGGUCCAGGACCAGAGUGAGAUCAGUCCCAGGGCUCUGCUGGAUAAAUGGGGAUCAGGAGGGGUUUGA